AUGGCAUUACCUCUUCCACCGGGGCUGACGCCUCCUGAGAUAGCGUUUCUGUGUGAGAUGGAGCUCGUCACUAUCAUACCGCGACAGAGACUUGAGGCACUGGAGCUUCUUGGUGGGCCCAUAAAACCGCUCGUUCCUCCACACCGAACAGACAUCCCUCUGUGGCUAGCCCUACUGCUCAAGCGCCAGCGCCGCGCCAACAUACUACCACCGCCGUGGCUGAAUACACACUCUCUUAAUGCCAUCCUUGAACACGAAAUCGAAUACGCAGAGACCUUCUCUCCACCACCUCGACUACCACCGCAACCCUCAAAUAAUACGCUUCCUACGUCCCCACCAUUCCUACCCAGCUCAACAGCAGGAGGAGCACCAGACGCCUUACCAUAUCACUGGCUUGAGCUAGGCGAAAUGCUGCUUGAAACAGCAUCGGACGAUUUCGAAGAACCAGACAACGUACGAAAGCUGCUGAGAGGGUUAAGAGAAGUGCGAAUGGCUAAGCUCAGAAGCGGUGUAGAGGUACUGGAUGCAGGAGGUGGUUUCAAGAUGAACGGCGUAGGAGGUAUGGAGGUAGGAGAGGGAAGGACGUUCAUUACUGGUGUCAUUGAUGGGCUGAGGAAAAUUGCAGCUUCACGAGAACAGCAACGCAAAGAUCGGGACAGAGAAGAGGCGGAGAACGGUUACUCUGGUACAGCCGAUUAUGACGACGACGAAAUGGACAUGCAAUGA